AUGUAUUUUAACCUCAUAGGUCUCAAAGCUGUCUUCAAAACCCCUGACGCAACUGCUAGUUGCUCCGUUGACCAUACCUUCCGCAAAAUCUGGAAAUCAGAACUCAAGAACUAUCAGGCCAAUUUGAAAGCUAUUCAUGAUGAUAAAUUUGAUUUGAAGAUCCAAAAACGCUCAAAAGUUGGCGCUUUGGUCAUGUGUGGCUCACACAUGCUUGCUGGAAACUUCAAAGAUUACAAGAAGUACUGUACUUGA